ACCACCAGCAUGGAGUAUGAGUACAUGCUGAUGAGGAACGAAAAGGAAACGCAAAACCGCUGCUGCGGUGGUCGCGUCUGGUGUGUCCAGGAUAUUUGCGGUAUCAUUUGUGCCGUCCUAACGUGGGGUUUGAUAUUGUAUGCAGAAUUUGUUGUUACAAUGGUGAUCCUGCUGCCCCAUCCUUACAAGGCAUAUCGGUACAUUAAUUUUAUUAUCUUUAACACGGGAUCGUUCCUGGCGUUUGCAUCCCAUCUUCGAACAAUGCUGUCCGAUCCGGGUGCUGUACCGAAAGGUAACGCUACGAAGGAAAUGAUCCAGCAGCUCGGCUACCAGGAGGGACAGGUGUUUUUCAAGUGUCCCAAAUGCUGCAGUAUUAAGCCGGAACGUGCGCAUCACUGUUCCGUGUGUCAGCGGUGUAUACGCAAGAUGGACCAUCACUGUCCAUGGAUAAACAAUUGUGUUGGGGAGAAUAAUCAAAAGUUUUUUGUACUUUUUACGUUUUACAUCGCAUUCAUUUCCAUCCAUUCGAUAUUUCUGGCUGUUAAUCAGUUCUGUCUGUGCAUCAAGAAUGAGUGGCGAGAAUGUUCGAACUAUUCGCCACCGGCCACGGUGAUAUUGCUGCUCUUCCUGAUACUGGAAGCGCUACUGUUUGCCGUCUUCACGAUGAUCAUGCUCGGCACCCAGCUGAACGCCAUCUGGACCGAUGAAACGGGCAUCGAGCAACUGAAGAAGGAGGAAGCCCGAUGGGUGAAGAAGUCACGCUGGAAAAGUUUUCAGGCCGUGUUUGGCCAUUUCUCGCUGGCCUGGUUUUCACCGUUUACACAACCGCUAAGAGCAAAGCACGAAAAUUAUUUAUAUUCAGUCUAAUAAAAACACAAAACCACACACAUAAAAAAACUAAA